GGGGGCUGGGUGGCGCGGGAGCGGGCGGCAGAAGGAGGGAGUUCCAGGAGAGUUGCCGCCGGAGAGAGUGGCCAGAGCCCGCGGUCUCCUUGGAAACGUGCUGACCAAUAGCAGCAGCGGAAGCUGUUUAUGGGGGCGGAGCGUCGCCAAGGCAGCAGAAGAAGCCCUUGCAGCGGCUACUUAAUGCCGGUCCCGGGGCCACGGGCGCUCAGAGAGGCGCCGUCGGGCGGGGGGGCGACAAGGGGCGCUGGCGGGGCCCUCGAGCUGGGGACAGAGAGCCGCGGGGGGUGGGAGGAACUUCUUCCAGAACCUUCCUUUGGCCCCGGCUGCGCUCUGAGCCAGCAGGCACCGCAUUCGUAUCCGGAGGAGGAGGCGACCCCCGGGUCGCGGGAUGGAAGCGCGCGUCGGGGAGGCGCUGUAACUGGAGCCGCGGGAGCCAGCGGGCCGGAGAGCGAGCGCGGCGGGCCACCUCCGGCUCAGCCCGUGGAUGUUGACCGCCCCCUCGGGGAGUCCCCGCAGACAUGGCGGAGAGCUGGCUGCGCCUCUCGGGUGCCGGCGCGGCGGAGGAGGCCGGGCCCGAGGGCGGCCUGGAGGAGCCCGACGCCCUGGAUGACAGCCUGACCAGCCUGCAGUGGCUGCAGGAGUUCUCCAUUCUGAACGCCAAGGCCCCCGCCCUGCCUCCGGGGGGCACCGACCCCCACAGCUACCACCAGGUGCCAGGCUCGGCCGCGCCGGGGUCCCCCCUGGCGGCGGACCCCGCCUGCCUGGGGCAGCCGCACACUCCCGGUAAGCCCACGUCGUCGUGCACGUCGCGGAGCGCGCCCCCGGGGCUGCAGGCCCCGCCCCCCGACGACGUGGACUACGCCACCAACCCGAAUGUGAAGCCGCCCUACUCUUACGCCACGCUCAUCUGCAUGGCCAUGCAGGCCAGCAAGGCCACCAAGAUCACCCUGUCGGCCAUCUACAAGUGGAUCACGGACAACUUCUGCUACUUCCGCCACGCGGAUCCCACCUGGCAGAACUCGAUCCGCCACAACCUGUCCCUGAACAAGUGCUUCAUCAAGGUGCCGCGGGAGAAGGACGAGCCGGGCAAGGGCGGCUUCUGGCGCAUCGACCCCCAGUACGCCGAGCGGCUGCUGAGCGGGGCCUUCAAGAAGCGGCGGCUGCCCCCGGUGCACAUCCACCCGGCCUUCGCCCGCCAGGCGUCCCCGCAGGAGCCCCGCGCCGCCCCCUGGGCCGGGCCGCUGACCGUGAACCCCGACGCCCAGCAGCUGCUGCGCGAGUUCGAGGAGGCCACCGGGGAGGCGGCCUGGGGCGCGGGCGAGGGCAGGCUCGGCCACAAGCGCAAGCAGCCGCUGCCCAAGCGCGUGGCCAAGGUCGCGCGGGCCCCCAGCACGCUGCUGCUGACCCAGGAGGAGCAGGGCGAGCUGGAGCCCCUCAAGGGCAACUUUGACUGGGAGGCCAUCUUCGAGGCCGGCGCGCUGGGCGGGGAGCUGGGCGCGCUCGAGGGCCUGGAGCUGAGCCCGCCGCUGAGCCCCGCGGCGCCCGGGGACGCAGACCUGACCGUCCACGGCCGCCACAUCGACUGCCCCGCCACCUGGGGGCCCGCGGGGGAGCAGGCGGCCGACAGCCUGGACUUCGAGGAGACCUUCCUGGCCACGUCCUUCCUGCAGCAUCCCUGGGACGAGGGCGGCAGCGGCUGCCUGCCGCCGGAGCCCCUCUUCGAGGCCGGGGACGCCACCCUGGCCGCCGACCUGCAGGACUGGGCCAGUGUGGGCGCCUUCUUGUAAGAGGCGGCCCCGCGCCACCUCCGGACCGUGCCCGUCGGGGCCCAGACUGCUCCCCCCACCCUGGCGCAACGGCCCAGGCAGGGGCCGGGCCGGGUCUCCGGAGGCGCGCCCCACGAGGCCCCCCACGGCCCCUCAGAUUCCGGCCCAGGAGGCUGAGAACGGGGCCCCCACCCCCACCCCCACCCCCUACACACAGUGUUUCAUUGAUCCUCCUGUCGCCUGCCCAGGGUCGGGCUCGGGCCCUGCACUGUGGGAGCUGCACCUGGGGGGCCCGCCCCAGGGCACCCCGGCUUCCAUGCCUCUCCCUCUCCCACUGUCCUCCCCAGGUCUCUUUCAGAGAAAGUUCCCAGGUACAACAAAAGCUAAUUAGGUGACAGCAAAUUAACCCCCGGGAGGCCUCUCCCGGCAAAGCCUCCCUGGGGCUGGGGAAGGGGAGGAGGGUGGGGCUGGUGGGAGGGGGCCUAGGGCAGAGACAGAAUGAGGUCGGGGAGCCUGGUGGGCAAGGCGAUUUUCCGAGGCCUUGGGGGUCUUCUCCUGGCCCCCUCCCUGGAGGUGGGGCAGGGAGUGCAAAUCCCUAAUCUUUGACUUGAGGCAGAGCACAGCGGGGAGCUGGGGGGCUGGGGGGCUGGGGGUCAGGGGCAGCGGGGAGGAGGACAGACUAAUGUAGUGAGUGUAGCAUAGCUGAGGCUUAACAGGGAGGGGGGCAGAGCUUGCUAGAACCUCUGGGAACAGGAAGGCCAGGAUGGCCGCAUCCCUGCCUGCACACGCUGAGGGGGAGUGUCUCGCUCUACCCGGAGCCCCUCCACAUCUGCGUCCCGCAUCCACCCUCCUGCCCUAUGGGGCAAUUUAACCUUUUUCAUGGAAAGUUAUUUACAAUAAAAAAAUUUUUUAAAAAUAAAAUUUUUAAAAAUCUGAAAA